CUUCCUCCACCGGCCUCCGGUGGCGCGCAGAUGGUCACCUCUGGCUCUCUUCCGUAGACCGCCAUGCCGCUGCUACCGUUCGCCGCCGACGCCGAAGCCUCUGCGCCCGAAGAUGUUGCUGCGCUUUUCAUGGCUUCUUCUCGCUGUGCUGGGGCCAGGUACUGCCGCGAUGUCGCUGGAGGCGCUGGUGCCGGCUCCAGGUCUGGUGUACUUGAGCUUCAACACUUCGGCCUUGGCCUACGACAGUAGUCGGAAUUGCUCAGUGAGAGUCGCCCCUGGGCCACCAGGGACGAUGCUGGUAGACA